AUGAAGGGCAUCUGGACGGGCGCUGCUGCCCUCGUGGCCGCGUUGGCGGGAGUUGAAGCGGCGAGCUACGACGACAUUGCUCCCAUCGAGGUCUACGGCCAGCACUUCUUCUAUACCAACAAUGGCUCGCAAUUCUUGAUGAAGGGCGUCGCAUACCAGCAGAACUAUUCGCCAAACGGCACCACGGAUUCCAACGCCUCCUACACUGAUCCGCUGGCCGACAGUGCUGGCUGCAAGCGGGAUCUGCCGUACUUGAAGCAGCUUUACACCAAUGUCCUCCGUGUCUAUGCCAUCGACCCGACAAAGGACCACGAUGACUGCAUGGAGACAUUUGCAUCGGCAGGCAUUUAUGUUAUUGCCGACCUGAGCGAGCCGAAGACCUCGAUCGUGUCCGACGACCCAGAGUGGAACGUCGAUCUGUACCGUCGCUACACCGGUGUCGUCGAUGCCCUGUCCAAGUACAAGAACGUCAUUGGCUUCUUCGCGGGCAAUGAGAACGUCAGCUCGGGUAACCAGACUGCGGCCGCCGCCUUCGUCAAGGCCGCAGUGCGCGACACCAAAGGCUACAUCUCGUCGCAGAACUACCGCUCCACCAUGGGCGUAGGCUAUGCUACGGCCGACGUACCCACCCGCGACGACCUCGCCGCAUACUUUGCCUGCGAGCCUGGCAACACCGGAAACGCAACGCAGAUUGACUUCUGGGGCUACAACGUCUACUCGUGGUGCGGCGACAGCAACUACGCCGACUCAUCGUACGGCGAGCGCUACGACUUCUUCAAGGACUACCCCGUCCCCGUCUUCUUCGCCGAAUACGGCUGCAUCGAGGGCAUCACGGGCGGGCCCACCCACCGUCCCUUCACCGAAGUCCAGGUCCUCUACGGCAACAUGACGGACGUCUUCUCCGGCGGCAUCGUCUACCAAUGGUUCAUGAGCGAAAACAACUACGGCCUCGUCGAGCUCCAAGACAGCGACGCCUCCGUCUCCCCCUAUCCCGACUUCACCUCCCUCCGCAGCGAACUCGCCUCCGUGACACCCACCACCACCGCCCGCUCCAAGUACACGCCUUCCAACUCGGCCCCGCGUGCCCCUCCACAGGUACCUCCUGGCUCCCCGUCGCGUCGCCCCCCCCGUCCGUAA